AUGGCUCGUGCCGACAUUCAAUAUGCCCGCGAGCUGGCAUUUCCGGUCUCGAAGGGUCGACUGUCAAGUGAAUCAGUGCCACGGCCGCGCCCCAAGAAGGGCUCUCGUACCGCUUCCUAUGCGUCCGGGAUGGACGGCCAAUGGGCUGGUGAUGCCGGGCUGGUCCCGUCACUUCUAGACGUAGAGGCCUCGCGUGAGCCAUCGCCCUUUCCAGAGUAUUCUGACUAUUCGCAUUCCCAUGACUCUAAAGAACGCGGCUCGAUCCGGUUGACCAGACCUCCGGCGAUGACCUCCAAUGAGCCGACAUGGCAUCAAGACUCGACCCAUCUCAUGUCAGCGUCGGGCUUGAACGGAUCGUCGGAAGGACUCGAUUACCGCUCGCAAAGGAGUAAGCCCAUCAAACCCAAGGUCCAUAUCAAACCAAUGCUGCGCAAAAUGUCGCGCGACGAUGCGCCAUCCACCUCGAUAGACUUGUCUCGGUCCUCGACGGAGCAAGAGGGACUCGGCAUCUACAUGAACUUUGAGCGAGACCGCCGUCGAAGUGAAUCCUUGACGGGUGUCACCUACCGGAGAACCCCCUCGGGUCUUCAUCAUCGUUCCACCAGUGGGACAUCCCAAUUCUCGACUGCGACGGGGUCGAGUGGAGGCAAGCCUAGCGCGUCGCAAUAUGUCUACCCCAUGCGCCCAACUCCAAAAACAUAUACACCCCCACACAGCCAAUCGUACCAAACCUCUGUCAAUGAGAGUGAUGGACAAGACGAUAGCAGCCCUGAAACCGAAUCCCAUUUCUUACCGGGAUCCGAGACUCAUCGGACCAACCGUGCUUCCUCGGGGCCAAUGCCUCGGCUCUCGUUGCAAAUUGAAGAUGAAUCUCUCACCCGCCUGUCGGGUAUCUCACAGACCAAUGUCGCGAGUCGACCAUCACUGAGUUAUUCUCGUGACAAUGGAAGCACCCUGGAUACCGCAUCUCCCACCUCCCGGACAUCCCUUGACUUUGUGUUUCGCUCCCGUACCCGAACCAGCACCGACCCGGUCUCCCGUGCAGCCACGAUUCAGGCUGCACGACAAGCGUUCGAGGAGAAGGAGGCAGCCAAGGCGCGCCGGUUCGAGAAGCAGCAGAGCAAGGCCGAGGAACGACAAACGCGGCGCCGGGUGAAGCGUACUAUGUCAGGGGGGCCCGAGUCACCCGCGGUACAUUCAAGAGCAGAACUGUCGGAGAAAUCAGGAAGCUCUAGCAUGAGCGCGCGGGAUUCAAAGCCGACCAUGGAAAAGCCCGAGCGACAGCCGUCGACCUCGUUCAAGUCACAGUCCAAGAGCACCUGGGUGCUGUUCAUGACUUGGCUUCGAACUCGGGUGUUCAAGUUUCGACGCAAGAUCCGAAAGGCCAAAUAA